UUCUUAUUAUUUAUUAGGGUGGUCAUUACCUCAUCGAAUCAUCCAAAACCUUAUUUCAAACCCUAAACCCAGUCCCCUGCUUGAGACAUUACUCUCUCUCUCUCUCUCUCUCUCUCUCUCUCUCGCGCGCGCUCUUUCCAUCUCUCUCAAGUUCUCAACCCCUCAGAGCUUGUUCACUCAUUAACAAUGGCGGACGAGGAUUACAACGACAUGGAUAUGGGAUAUGAAGAUGAGCCACCAGAGCCAGAAAUUGAAGAAGGUGCAGAAGAGGAUGUGGAGAAUAUUAACAAUGAUGAUCUUCCAGAAGACGCCAUUGAAGCUGAAGACAAAGAGGAGCAAGCACAGGUGGAAGGACCUCGGAAAACCUCAAAAUUUAUGACCAAAUAUGAACGUGCUAGAAUCUUGGGUACCCGUGCACUGCAGAUUAGCAUGAAUGCCCCGGUGAUGGUUGAAUUGGAGGGUGAGACUGACCCACUUGAGAUUGCUAUGAAGGAGCUUCGUGAGCGGAAGAUACCCUUCACCAUACGCCGCUACCUGCCUGAUGGAAGUUACGAAGACUGGGGAGUAGAUGAAUUGAUUGUGGAAGACUCGUGGAAGAGACAGGUGGGAGGUGAUUGAUCAGAUUUCAUUUACGCAUGGAGAAUGGUUACAAUGUCAAUAUGUAAUCUAUAAUUGUUAGGAAGAUCUGCCUUUUGCCACUGGCCCUAUGAACUUACAUGUUGAAACACUGUUUAUUUUUGGGUAAAUAUGUUGGAACUCUUUUGCAGACAUCAGCAUUGUUCAUAUGGCCUUUUUUUUGUUUUUGUUUUUGUUUUUGUUUUUUUUGUGUGUGGUCCCUUUGGUUCCCAUCUGUUAAAAUUGGCACUGAUCAACCUUAAAGUUACAAAUUA